AUGGUUCAUGUCAGCGUUCAGACGUCAUCAAUACCGGUGCAACGUGCAAGCGAGCAUGGAGACAGACUCGUACAAGACUCCGAGAGGAAUGUGCUGGAGGAAGGCCCUAGAGAACAUACACCUGGACGAAUGCACGGUGACGGGAGAAAUGGGCUCGUACGAGGCGCCACAGAGCAUACGGACAGACGGACUCCAGAGUCUGAUCCUGCGAAUGAAGUAAUCGCAAACUUGAUGACAAAGGUGGAGCAGUUGAGCCUCUGCGUUGAGGCGGAGAGGGAUAGGGCCAAUAGAUAUCUCAAGGAUGCUGACAAGUUCCUCCGCGAGAAGGAGGAGUCGGAUCAAGAAGCUGCAUACUGGAGAGCGAAAGCACGUCGAUACCGACAAGGCAGACACUCAGCUCUUGUAGAGUUGGACCAACUUCGCUUCCAAUAUGAGCAGGCGAUGAAGGAGCGGGAGUCUAUCCAAGUGCUAUCGGAGCAGCGUCGACAAGAGUUGGACGCUGCGCAAAGCUAUCUGAAUACAGCUGAUGCAUCAGAGCAAGACGUCGUCCGUCUUGUCAAGAAGAUGAAUCAUGAGGUUUUUCAAAUGGUCAGAGCGUUAUCGGAUAGCUUUCAGCUCUUGCACUUCCCGAGGCGAGAUGAAAAUGCAGAUGAACUUGUCACUGAGCUUAUCGGACCAUCGAUGCUGGAGCUCUUCCAGUCUGUCUCAGAUUGUAACGACACUCUCGCACUCGAGACCGCUCUUCAGCACACUCUCAUUCUGCAGAUCCACAACAUGAUAUCGUCGUGGGACUUCGAUAAUGGCAAUGAAACCAUUCCGAGUUUAUAUGACAAGAUUUUGCGAUCCGAGUCUCAAAAAAAUCGCCGAUGGACCGCAGGCCAUUACCCGUAA